AUGGAUUUAGUUUCAACGGCAAGCACUUGUCGUCGGCUAAAUGCACUCGCUUCUGACCGGAGCAUCUGGUCAGGACCUGUGAAUGUCAUCCUUGAUCGGUCGUCACACGACUACACAAAGACCCUUGCCAUGACACUGGCACGACGUAGCACCGAAACAUUUCACACCACCUGUGUCACCAUGGCUAUAGAACAGACACCGUCUGCUUCAGCCAUUGAGCUGUUGAAGAAUCUAUUCGAGCGGCAGCAGAAGAAGGACGAGCAUGAUUUGACAGACAUCAAUAUCUAUGUACCGUCUGCCAUGCAUAUGCCAGUACUAGAAAAUGCCCUGCUAUGCUACGAAGGAUUGACACGAAGCAUUACUCUCCGCGACGCUGCCAAUCAUAAUGGUGAUAACGGCGACCAAGACGGUCAAGACACCAGCAGCGAAGACAACAAUCAUGCUGAUAAUUGUUUCGCAGCCCUUCCGCCAUGCCUUGGAUCAUCUGUCCGCGAAUGGCUUACGAGAUCACGACAAACCUUGACAAAAAUCGAUUUGCCUUCAUGUCCGCUUGACUGGCUGCCAAGUGACUUGCCACAGCUCGAGUCCCUGACGAUCUUGGCUGCAGCAAGUCUAAAUGCACACCAAUUACGACAGGCACUUCCUCGUCUCAAGCACCUUACAAUCCACCUCGAGCACGCUGACCACUUCUCCUUUGUCAGGCCCCUCUUGACCAACAAACUGCUAUACCCCUGGAUCGAGUCGUUGGAAGUUAUCUGCCGCGACGACUUGAAGCUCUCGCUGGAUCAAAACGAGCUCACUGAGUGCCUAAUGACAAUCAAAGGCCUCUCCAGGGUCAAUGCGGGCUGGGACAUGGUUGCGGUCGAUGCACUCUGACGCAACAGCUGCUGCUUUUUAUUUAUUUACCAGUUACUGCAUGUUUUUCUUCUUUUUAAACGCAUACGCAUUUGAAGGACACACACAUAGCACUCACAUUAAUUACUUAAUGCGCCAAGUGCGUAGCAUGUAUAUAUGCCUGUAUCUGUGUAGAGGUUGUGGAUGUGUUUGGCCGUCCACAUGUCCAUAUACAUUCAGUUGGGCCGAGUUCCCUUUUCCCUCACCAUGCUCCCUUUCAACACUUACUCCAGGUGCAACCGCUGCCCACAAUCACUAAUUUUCUUCUCUACCGCGUCCCACUCCCCCUCACCUAACACUCCCACUGAAACCUUAUCCUUAUUAUCCCAUCAUGACAUGGUCCACUCUUGUAUUUAGC